UUCGAACCGACUGCCACCCGCAGUAUUUAAAGAAGAUUGUCGCUCAUUGUGGACCAGAAUCGUUUCAAAUCUCGAAUAGUGAAGACACUACUGCUAUUUAAGUGGUACCAAUUGGUUUGUUUUAGAGUUUGUUUUCUGGAUUACCUUCGACGAUAAUACAAAUCAAAAUGAGGAGCUUUAUUGUACUUACUCUCUGUCUGGUGAUGGCAGCUGUUUUUGUCCAACAGAGUGAAGCUGGUGGACACCUUAAAUUGAAGAGGUUGGUCAAAUACGGCCUCAUCGCCAAAGCCUUGACAGGAAAGAAGAUCUUCCUGCCACUUCCACUGCCUCUGCCCGUUCCUAUAUUCAAAGAAAACGUCCAUCACUCUUCCUACCCUGUCAAUCACCACACCCAUGCUGAAGUUGGCUAUGGAUUGGAACACGGACAUGGUGGAGGUUAUGGAGGCGGCUAUGGAGGUGGUUUCGGAGGAGGAUUCGGUGGAGGAUACGGAGGCGGUUUCGAAGGUGGAUACGGCGGAGGGUGGUGAAACGUGCCAAAUUUAUAGAACAUUUUCUUCGUUGUAAUAAUCUCUGCCAUCAAAAGACGCUCAAGGGCAAUUCUCAGGAUACUAUUGUACAUAGUCUUUUCUGACCGUUGUAACAAAUGCUAAUAUGUGGCAAAUGAUAUGUAUAUUUUUAUUGUAUUCAAGUGUGAAAUGUUAGAUAUGUGUUUGAUAGAGAAAGUAGAAAUGUUCGUGUAUUCUAUAAGCCAAAAAAAAAAAAAUAAUAAUAAUAAUAGUUUCGAUAUUCAACUUGUUACAAUCAAUAAAUGAAAUUUAAUUUGAAAAUUCGAAAAAAGUAAGCAAUUUAACCUGAAAAUUAAUAUAUAUUUAUCCAUUUCAAAUUUCAUAUAGUUUAAAAUAAAUAAAAAGCACAAAUCGUUUGCAACAAAUGGCGUAUAUAGACAUAUCUAAUUGAUUGUUAAGAAAAAGAUAGAUAGAUAGAUAGAAAUAUAGAAAAGUUUUGUUUGAAUAUAUACUAUUUUGCAUAGAAACAAGAAAAAUACAAAAAUUUAAAUAAUCUUUGUACAUACAUAUAAACUGAACCAUAGCUCUGUAGAGACGCACAUAAAAAUUGACGUAUUGUAGUCAAUAUUUGUCAUCAUUUAGAUGGACUGCAUUUGUUUUGCUUCUGAGACUUUUAUUUCAUAUUUGUUUUAAUAUCUAAAUGAGUUUUCAUUACAUUAAAAUUUCACCUGAGAGAAAUGAAUACUUAUAUUCAAAAAAAAGCCUACAAGCAAAACAAUACAGUCCAAACAUUGUUAAACGGUCUGUCGUACAUUUGUAUAAUGUUCAUCAUCUUUCAACCUCAUUAGGUUUUAGGUUAUAUUUUUUAUAUUAUUUUGGUAUAAAAUAAAGUCUCAAACUGAAA